AGAUAAGAGGUGGUAGAUUUAUCCGACCGCCUUGGAACAUAUUUUGUUUACUUUUUUUAGUUACGAAAAUAACUAGUUAAAUAAUAAGUUUUUCUUCAAACCUACGCUAAUGUGUGGUCGCACUUGCUUGACUCUAGAUCCGGACGAGGUGCUUUGCGCCUGCAAGUAUCCCAAAAAAACAGUCAAAAAAGAACCGGACACUCCAAAGGAAGAUGCUGUCAAGGAAGAAUAUGAUUCUCGCAUGGAAACUCCUGAGUGGCGGGCGGAGUUUAACUUGGGACGGCGCUACCAGGCAUCAUAUAACAUUGCUCCCACCGACAUCACUCCCGUAAUAGUAUCUGCUGCGCACUUUUCCGACGCCGAUGACCAGAAGUGCUCCAGGGUAGUGAUGCCUAUGAUGUGGGGCAUGAUACCCUUCUGGCACAAGGGCGAUUACAAGCGGCAUGGACUCACCACCAACAACUGCCGACUGGAGCACCUGAUGGAUUCUAAAUUGUAUCGCGGUCCCUUUAAACGUGGCCAGCGUUGUGUCGUCGUUUGUGAGGGUUUCUACGAAUGGCAGACUGCUGGCCCUGCCAAAAAGCCAUCCGAAAGAGAAGCCUACCUGGUAUACGUUCCUCAACAAGGCGAUGCCAAGAUCUACGAUAAAAGUACCUGGUCUCCUGCGGAUGUAAAACUUUUACGCAUGGCUGGACUUUUUGACGUGUGGGAGGACGAGAGUGGCGACAAGAUGUACAGUUACAGUAUUAUCACCUUUCAGUCCAGCAAGAUAAUGUCCUGGAUGCACUACCGGAUGCCGGCCAUCCUUGAAACCGAAGAGCAGAUGAAUGAUUGGCUAGACUUUAAGCGAGUUAGCGACUCUGAAGCCUUGGCCACCUUACGGCCAGCCCAAUCCUUGCAAUGGCACCGAGUGACGAAGCUGGUGAAUAAUUCUCGCAACAAGAGCGAAGAAUGCAACAAACCUAUGGAGCUAGCUGCCAAACCAGCGAAGCCGCCGAUGAAUAAGACAAUGAUGGCGUGGCUGAAUGUCCGCAAAAAGCGGGAGGAGCAGAUCAAAGCAGAGCAGAGUGAUCCUAGUGACGAUGAGGAGCAGGAUAAACAGAGCGAGGCGAAGCGAAAGUGUUCCGAUAGCUCCCCCACUGGUAGUCCAGCCAAGAGGCCCCGGUUUCGGGACUCAAAGAAGACUCUUCAGCAGAGUGCGGGUAGCAGUGACACCGACGUAAAAUCGGGCGAGCGAUAGAUCAAACAAAAUUCGAAAACGUUUCUAUAAAUAGUUUGUAGGACAUUAAGUUUAUUUCCAUUAAAAACCGAAAUUUUUCUCUCAAUACCCAAAAA